CCUUGAACUCUUAGACAUUGAAAGCUAAUUUGGGCCAUUGCAUCAUGAUUCACUAAUCUUUCUCUUUCUCUUUCAUUUUCCUGAACAAUAGAAGUGGGAGAUUCUCAGACAGCGCAGCAGUGAUUAUCCUGGAUUCUGUUUCCACUUUCAGCAGUUCUUUUUGCCACUACUGAUAAUGAAAUUUGAUUCUUGCAUAAUCUGACAUACUAUAUAUUUUGUUCCCCUCUUUCAUGUCCUUAAUUUAACCAAAUGGAUCAGUCUGAGAUCCAUACUGAAGUAGUACGUAUCAUCUGAGAGACCAGCGCAGAGAUGUCUUUCACACGUGAUAAACUGUCUUUGCACCUGCGCAACAGAAUGCCGAAGUUUGUCACAAGAGUGAAAGCCACAGAGCUCAUGGCCAACCUCCCCUGCCUUACACAGUCUGACAGGGAGGAGAUCCAGGCCAUGAGGAAUUGUGUCGGUAACUCCGCUGCAAUGCAGAUCCUGCUGGACUAUGUACAGAAGAGAAUGAACUGGCCAGAAGAGUUGAUAUCAGCUCUGGAGGUGGUGGAGCAUCAGGACCUGGCUGAUGAACUGAGGGCAGAGUGGACCAAGCACAACCAGACCAAUCCUUCUCCUGCUGCUCCUCCUACCAGCCCAUCUCUGCCCAUCUCAGAGAGCUCUGAUGACCCUACAUCUUCUAUGGUCCUCCCAGCUCGGCCAGCACCACCUUCAGAGUCACUCAGCCCUGAGAUUGCUGCCUGUCCGGAGGAUGGUGGCCAGCCAGUAGUCCCCACGAGUUCAGUUGCUGAGGCUCCCAUCGCUGGUGCCUCCCCAGAGCCAGUUCCCCAGGCUCUGGAAGCAGCAGUAAAACCUGUCACAGCCACCCAGGCAGCACCUUUGCCUGCCACAGUGGUCUCUGAACCACAGCCUCCACUCUCUCACUCUGAUAACGCUGCCUCCUCUCAGCCUGGUCCUGUAGCAACGGGAUCUCUGGAGGAUAACCCAUCUCAUAUAGUCCUGUCUGAAACCACUCUCACCUUGCCGGUGUCAGACCUAAACCCAGCCCUGUCCCAGACUGAAUGCACCCCCACCACUGCUGCCUCUGCCUCGGUCCAGGCCCCUGAGACAGGUCCGGUUCAGGACGCCACGCCCACCACUGCUGCCUCUGCCUCGGUCCAGGCCCCUGAGACAGGUCCGGUUCAGGAGGCCACUCCACCAACAGCCAAAGUGAUCUCCUUCCACCAGAGGCCAGUAGAGGACUCUGAUCCAACUGCAACUCAGCCAUACUGGGAGCUCAGCAAGGAACUUAAAACCAGCCAUACUCUCAGCAAGCCUCCUCCAGGUGACUGCAGCCUGACGUUCUCCUCAGUGAGAACCAGCCACGGGAGCUCAGAGCCGCCUCAUGUGACCUGUCCUGCUCCUGUGACCUGUCCUGCUGCUGUGACCUGUCCUGCUGCUGUGACCUGUCCUGCUGCUGUGACCUGUCCUGCUCCUGUGACCUGUCCUGCUGCUGUGACGAGUCCUGCUCCUGUGACCUGUCCUGUGACCUGUCCUACUGUGGUCCCAGACCACUUGUCUAGUGUUCCAGGCCCUCUGACUAGUGUAACGCCUCUGCCAUGUCAGGAGCAUGAGGAACACGUGUCCCGUAACGAGCCUGAGGAGGACACGUACCAGGAGGUGCUGAUCAAUGUAAUUCAUGUGUCUGAGGACGCGUACAUCCAGAAUCAGGAAGGCCAAACACAGAGCAUGCUGGGUAAUAAGGAUGCAGGUGUGUCUGAAACCCUCCCACCAGUUCAGAACCACAACAGCCGAUCGCGGAUCACACCUCUCUCUGGAUCUACAGAACUUGCCCUGUCGUCUGGUCCGAACCGGCACGACCAAGCUGAGGACAUUCUGGGGAAAGCAGUUAGUGAGUCUGACGACUCUCGGGAUCUGAUUAUGAUCGUUAACGGUCAGGCCGCCAGCCCCUCAACCAAACAUCCUGAUCCUCCACCUCCGGCCACUUCUCCUUCUGUCACCAUCGUCAACGGCUCCUCCACUGAUAACUGUCCUCUCCCGGAGGCUGUGGAGGCAGAGGUCAUGCUCAAGGCCAUGAUGGCUAGCGUUGUCCCUGAGCUGAAGCAGAAACAGGAGGGGGAGGGAGCCAGAAGAGGAGGGGGAUACCACUUCCUGGGAGAUACCACUUCCUGGGGGAUACCACUUCCUGGGGGAUACCACUUCCUGGGGGCUGCUGUCCUGGGUGUCUCGGCCCUGUUCGUAGCCUGGAGAAGGAAGAAUUAAGGGUUUUGGGAAAGAAGGAUGUUGUGUCUGAAGUUAGAAUCACAGACAGACUAUCUCCUUGCCUCCUGAUCAGCCUUAUUGGAAGAGAGGUCUGAUUUUCUUCUGCAAUGAGAUUUGAGAAGGUGAGGAGAGAGGAUGUGCAAAUCAAAUAGAGAUUAAUGGAGAAAUAGCUGAAUUGCUGUGAAAAGAAGGGAAGAUUGUGGUUCAAGAUUUUAAGAGAUUAUUGGCCCAGUGCUUUAUUGUGUUGUUAGUAAUGAAGGUGCUGAAAUUAAGUAUUUAUAGGUGACUGAUAGCAGCACUUAUCCAAGACUUUGAUCGACAGUCUAAAUCAAAUCAAAGUUUAUUUGUCACAUGCACUGAAUGCAACAGGUGUAGUAGACCUUACAGUGAAAUGCUGAAUACAACAGGUGUAGUAGACCUUACAGUGAAAUGCUGAAUACAACAGGUG